CAGGACUCUCUGCGCAGCGGACCGGAAGUGUCUUGUCCGACCAAGGCGACGGAGAGGGGCGGUGGCCCAGCGGCGGGAGAUUCAAACCUGGAAGAAGGAGGAACAUGGAAGGGAGAGGAGCGGGCCCGGGCCCCGCGGCCUAUGAACGCCUCACGGCCGAGGAGAUGGACGAGCAAAGGCGGCAGAACGUGGCCUAUCAGUACCUGUGCCGGCUGGAGGAAGCCAAGCGCUGGAUGGAGGCCUGCCUGAAGGAGGAGCUUCCGUCCCCGGUGGAGCUGGAGGAGAGCCUCCGGAACGGGGUGCUGCUGGCCAAGCUGGGCCACUGUUUCGCACCCUCCGUGGUUCCCCUGAAGAAGAUCUACGACGUGGAACAGCUGCGGUACCAGGCAACUGGCUUGCAUUUCCGUCACACGGACAACAUCAACUUUUGGCUGUCUGCAAUCGCCCACAUCGGUCUGCCUUCGACCUUCUUCCCCGAGACCACGGACAUCUAUGACAAGAAGAACAUGCCCCGGGUGGUCUACUGCAUCCACGCUCUCAGUCUCUUCCUCUUUCGGCUGGGAUUAGCGCCUCAGAUACAGGAUCUGUACGGCAAAGUGAAAUUCACAGCCGAGGAACUCAGCAACAUGGCCUCUGAACUGGCCAAGUAUGGCCUCCAGCUGCCUGCCUUCAGCAAGAUCGGGGGCAUCCUGGCCAAUGAGCUCUCGGUAGAUGAGGCUGCAGUCCAUGCCGCUGUCCUUGCCAUCAAUGAGGCAGUGGAGCGAGGGGUGGUCGAGGACACGCUGGCUGCCUUGCAGAAUCCCAAUGCUCUUCUGGGGAAUCUUCAAGAGCCUCUGGCACCCAUUUACCAGGAGCUGCUGGCCCAGGCCAAGCUGGAGAAGGCUGCCAACGCCAGGAACCACUUUUUGCAGAAUGACAGAGAGAGCCAGGAUAUCUACGACUUCUACCUCACGCAGGCUGAAAUCCAGGGCAACAUCAACCAUGUCAAUGUCCAUGGGGCUCUAGAAGUUGUUGAUGAUGCCCUGGAAAGACAGAGCCCUGAGGCCCUGCUCGAGGCCCUUCAAGACCCUGCCCUGGCCCUCCGAGGGGUGAGGAGAGACUUUGCCGACUGGUACCUGGAACAGCUGAGCUCAGACAGAGAGCAGAAAGCACAGGAGCUGGGCCUGGUGGAGCUUCUGGACAAAGAAGAGGUCCAGGCUGGCGUGGCCGCAGCCAACAGGAAGGGAGAGCAGGAGCAAGCCAUGCUCCAGGCUGUGCGGCGGAUCAACAGAGCCAUCCAGAGGGGCGUGGCGGCCGACACUGCGAGGGAGCUGAUGUGCCCCGAAGCCCAGCUGCCUCCCGUGUACCCUUGUGCCGCGGCCGUGUACCAGCGGGAGCUGGCGGUGCUCCAGCGGCAGCAGCAGGGCGAGCUCAGCCAGGAGGAGCUCUUUGUGGCCGUGGAGAUGCUGUCAGCUGUGGUCCUGAUCAACCAGGCCCUGGAGGCCAAGGACACCAGCGGCUUCUGGAGCAGUCUGGGGAGCCCCGCCACAGGCCUGGCGGAGGUGGAAGCGGAAAAUGCUCAGCGGUACUUUGAUGCCCUGGUGAAGCUGCGACAGGUGCGUGGAGUGGACGGGGCUUUCCUGAGCUGGAAUGACCUGCAGGCCACUGUGAGCCAGGUCAAUGCCCAAGUCCAAGAAGAGACCGACCAGGUGCUCGCCGUCAGCCUCAUCAACGAGGCUCUGGACCAGGACAGCCCUGAGAAGACCCUCUCUGCCCUGCUGCUUCCCACGGCUGGCCUGGACAGCGUUAGCCUUCCUGUGGCCCCUCGGUACCAUCUGCUCCUCGUGGCAGCCAAAAGGCAGAAGGCCCAGGCAACAGGGGAUCCUGGAGCUGUGCUGUGGCUGGAGGAGAUCCGCCAAGGAGUGGUCAGAGCCAACCAGGACACAGACACAGCUCAGAGAAUGGCCCUUGGCGUGGCCGCCAUCAAUCAAGCCAUCAAGGAAGGCAAGGCAGCCCAGACAGAGCGGGUGCUGAGGAACCCCUCGGUGGGCCUCCGUGGGGUAGUUCCAGACUGUGCCGACGGCUACCAGCGAGCCCUUGAAGGUGCCGUGGCAAAGAAGCGGCGUCCAGGGGACACAGCUUUCUGGGUUCAACAUGACAUGAAGGAUGGCACCGCCUACUACUUCCACCUGCAGACCUUCCAGGGGGCCUGGGAGCGCCCCCCUGACUGCCGCCUCAACACUGCCCACCUGACUCGGGAGGAGAUCCAGUCAGCCGUCACCAAGGUCACGGCCGCCCAUGACCGCCAGCAGCUCUGGAAGGCCAACGUGGGCCUCGUCAUCCGGCUGCAGGCCCGCCUCCGCGGCUUUCUAGUCCGGCAGAAGUUCGCCGAGCGCUCCCACUUCCUGAGGACCUGGCUCCCGGCAGUCGUCAAGAUCCAGGCUCACUGGCGGGGUCACAGACAGCGCAGGAGUUACCUGAAGAGGCUGCAGUAUCUAAAAGCAAACGUGGAUGCCGUGAUCAAGAUCCAGGCCUGGGCCCGGAUGUGGGCAGCUCGGAGGCAAUACCUGAGGCGUCUGCGCUACUUCCAGAAGCAUGUUGACUCCGUCGUGAAGAUCCAGGCAUUUUUCCGUGCCCGGAAAGCCCGGGAUGACUACAGGAUGUUAGUACACGCAGCCCACCCUCCUCUCAGUGUGGUCCGCAGAUUUGCCCACCUCUUGAAUCAAAGCCAGCAGGACUUCUCGGCUGAGGCGGAGCUGCUGCAGCUCCAGGAGGAGGUGGUCAGGAAGAUCCGGUCCAAUCAGCAGCUGGAGCAGGACCUCAACCUCAUGGACAUCAAGAUUGGCCUGCUGGUGAGGAACCGGAUCACGCUGCAGGAGGUGGUCUCCCACUGCAAGAAGCUGACCAAGAAGAAUAAGGAGCAGCUGUCGGAUAUGAUGGUUCUGGACAAGCAGAAGGGAUUAAAGUCGCUGAGCAAAGAGAAACGGCAGAAACUAGAAGCUUACCAACACCUCUUCUACCUGCUCCAGACCCAGCCCAUCUACCUGGCCAAGCUGAUCUUUCAGAUGCCACAGAACAGAACCACCAAGUUCAUGGAGGCGGUGAUUUUCAGCCUGUACAACUAUGCGUCCAACCGCCGAGAGGCCUAUCUCCUGCUCCAGCUCUUCAAGACGGCGCUCCAGGAGGAAAUCAAGUCCAAGGUGGAGCAGCCCCAGGAUGUGGUGACUGGCAACCCGACGGUCGUGAGGCUGGUGGUGAGAUUCUACCGUAACGAGCGGGGACAGAGCGCCCUGCGGGAGAUCCUGGGCAAGGUCAUCCAGGACGUGCUGGAGGACAAGACACUCAGCGUCCACACAGACCCUGUCCACCUCUACAAGACCUGGAUCAACCAGACAGAGGCCCAGACAGGGCAGCGCAGCCAACUCCCUUAUGACGUCACCCCUGAGCAGGCCUUGAGCCACCCUGAGGUCCAGAGACGACUGGACAUCUCCCUGCGCAACCUCCUGGCCAUGACUGAUAAGUUCCUGGCAGCCAUCAUCUCAUCAGUGGACCAAAUUCCGUAUGGGAUGCGAUAUGUGGCCAAAGUUCUGAAGACAACUCUGGCAGAGAAGUUCCCGGAUGCCACAGAGACCGAAGUCUAUAAGGUGGUGGGGAACCUCCUGUACUACCGCUUCCUGAACCCCGCUGUGGUGGCCCCUGAUGCCUUCGACAUUGUGGCCAUGGCCGCAGGCGGUGCCCUGGCUGCCCCCCAGCGCCACGCCCUGGGGGCUGUGGCUCAGCUCCUGCAGCACGCGGCAGCCGGCAAGGCCUUCUCCGGGGAGAAUGGGCACCUGAGGGUCCUGAACGACUAUCUGGAGGAGACGCACCACAAGUUCAGGAAGUUCGUGUGCAGAGCCUGCCAGGUGCCUGAGCCAGAGGAGCGCUUUGCGAUGGACGAGUACUCAGACAUGGUGGCUGUGGCCAAGCCCGUGGUGUACAUCACCGUGGGGGAGCUGGUCAACACGCACAGGCUGUUGCUGGAGCACCAGGACUGGAUCGCCCCUGACCACCGGGACCCCCUGCACGAGCUCCUAGAGGACCUUGGGGAGCUGCCCACUGUCCCUGACCUCAUCGGGGAGAACAUAGCUGCAGAUGGACACAUGGACCUGAGCAAGCUCGAAGUGUCCCUGUCACUCACCAACAAGUUUGAAGGGCUGGAGGCGGAUGCCGACGAUACCAGCGCCCGGAGUCUGCUUCUGAGCACCAAGCAGAUGCUGGCCGAUAUCAUCCAGUUCCACCCCGGGGACUCCCUCACGGAGAUCCUGUCCCUCUCGGCCUCCAGAGAGCAGGAAGUGGCCCACAAGCGGCUGAUGUGCCGGCGCCAGGCCUGUGAGGCCCAGACCCCAGAGCCGCUGCGACGACACCGCUCGCUGACAGCUCACUCCCUCCUGCCGCUGGCAGAGAAGCAACGGCGCGUCCUGCGGAACCUGCGCCGCCUCGAGGGCCUGGGCCUGGUCAGCGCCCGUGACGGCUACCAGGGGCUAGUGGACGAACUGGCCAAGGACAUCCGCAACCAGCGCAGGCACCGGCAGCGGCGGAAGGCAGAGCUGCUGAAGCUUCAGGCCACCAUCCAGGGCCUAAACGCCAAGACCACCUUCUAUGAGGAGCAGGGCGACUACUACAGCCAGUACAUCCAGGCCUGCCUGGGCCACCUGGCCCCCAGCUCCAAGAGUGCUGGCAAGGGGAAGAAGCAGCCAUCUCUCCAUUACACGGCAGCCCAGCUCCUGGAGAAGGGGGUGCUGGUGGAAAUUGAAGAUCUGCCCGCCUCUCACUUCAGAAACGUCAUCUUUGACAUCACGCCUGGAGAUGAGGCCGGGAAGUUUGAAGUGAGCGCCAAGUUCCUGGGUGUGGACAUGGAGCGGUUCCAGCUGCACUACCAGGACCUCCUGCAGCUCCAGUAUGAGGGUGUGGCUAUCAUGAAACUCUUUAACAAGGCCAAGGUCAAUGUCAACCUUCUCAUCUUCCUCCUCAACAAGAAGUUCUUGCGGAAAUGAUGGAGGCCAGGUGUGAGCCUGCCCCUGGUGCCUCGCAGGAUGCUUUCCUUUAACACUAACUCAGCACCGUGCUGCCUGCAGACGCUGGGGCCCAGGACCCAGAACGCCUCGGGAGUCUCCGUCCUUCCCUGCCUGCAAGGAGUCUGCCCGCUGGCCACAGCAGUAGCUCUCUGGUUGGCUAUAGUGGGCCCUGCCCCACAUGAGGAACCCCCUGGUUUUCCAGCCAGGUGGUGGGUACAAACCUAGGCUCCGCACGUUGGUCUGGGAAAGUUACUGCUCUCGUGCCUGCUGCCGCCUUCCCGCGGUCACCCCAAUAUUAUAAACACUGCCCCGAUGGCCUGAUUUCCUCUCCACUUCCUUUUCUUGGCAGACCCCCAAAGCCAGGGCCAAGGUCCCCAGCCCCACCUCCCACCGCAUCUGCAGCGGCUGCGCCUGCCCGGCCGACGCCCCGGCCGCUCAGCUGCGGGGACACCAUACACCCUCGGCCCCUCGCCCUGGCACUGGGGUUUGUUGAUGCCCACGUGGCCUGUGGCACUGUUGUUCUCCACGGCGUUAUGGGCAAGCUGACCUUCCAGUAACCUCAAACCUCACUCCCCUGUUUAUGGUCUGUUUUAUAUGUGGGUCACUGGGGUAUUUAUUUUCUCUCCCACCCCUGCACUCCCGACCGCUGAGCCGCCUUAAUCAUGGUUUUAAUUCUCUCUUCUUUUUGCGCUGAGAAAGGGUUCUUGUUUCCCUAUUCCAAGUGGUAUCCACAGGACGCAUUUAGACCUUGGGUUUAAAGUCACCUCGGGGGAGUCCUAGCUCCCCUCCCACGUUACGCCCUCCUGUCAGGGCCAAGUGCAGUCUUUCCCUUUUCUCCUCUGCCCUCAGGACUCUCAGGCCUUGGAGGCGACUCUCCCAGGCGACUUCCACAUCCCCAGUCCCCCCCCCCCCCCCCCGCCACUGUCUUUCUGUCACCUCCACAUUUUCCCGACUUCCUGUCCCUGCUGCCACAAUUUUUCUGGCUUCAUUUUAAUAAAAGCAGCUGCUACCCCCA